AUGAAUUCAUUCUUUGUUGCAUUGUUCUUGCUUUCUCUUCCCCAAGUCCAUGGAUACAGAUACCUGUUUCAAGUCAUCAACUUUGCCUAUUCGCACAUGUCAUUUGGGGGGCGAUUGGCCGAUUUAUUAGUGGAGAAUGGGCAUGAGGUGGUAAGUGCAUUAAGCCUUUAGGGUGCAAAUUUGAUUAGCUUAUAUAAUUGAUAAGUAUCGGAAGUGUAAGCAAUAGUUUUCGAAUUCGAUGAAACGUGGCGUAAACUUAGUACAGCCUAGACAUGGCUGGGGGGCCGGGCCGGGCCGAAAAUCGCGGCCCGGCCCGGGGGCCGGAAGAGGUCGGCCCGGCCCCGGCCCCCUUCAAAUUUUCUCGGCCCGUGGCGCUUGCAAAGCGCGAGCUGAAACUUUCAGGAAUUGAUAUUUGGUCUAUUCUCGACGUGUGUGCAAAAUUUAAAGAAAAUCUGAGCGUCGCACUUGGGGUACUUCCCUUGUAGAUUCAAAAAUGGUUUGAUGAAUUUCAUUCCUAGGCUUGAACUUCUAGUGAUGUUAGAAAUUGCCAGCUUGACUGCAAAGUAGUUCAAGUCCUUUAGAAAAUUCGCUCUGUUCAUUGCUUUCCUUCCAGGACUUCGUAAUCCGCCGCUACAACACAUUUGUCUCCGGAGCCGCCGCUAAGAAGGCCAAUGUCAGCGUCCACACUCUUGCGAACGUCGAGGAGCUCAACCAACUAACGAUGCGGGUUCCAAUGUAUCACGAUGUCUUUACUCAAAGCGGUGAUGCCUUCACUUGGGAGGGUCUGAACGUUAUGGACGAAUUGAUGACAAAGGGGUGUGACGCAACAUUAGAAGACAAGGGCUACAUGAAUUUAUUGAGAUCCAAAAAAUACGACGCCGCCUUCGUCGAGCAUGUCGAUUCAUGCGGAUUGUUCGUGGCUAAUGUCCUGGGAAUUGACAAGAUUAUGUACUUCUCGGUGCAUGGUCUCGCUUUUCCGAGCAGAAAUGAUUUCAGCAUACCCUCGCCUCCAGGACUUGUGCCUGGUAAGAGUCAAUUUUGAGUACUGUAGUUUACACAGCGAGACGAACUUUAUAUUUUGUUUGCAGUCUACAACGAAGUACCUCCCUCAGGCCAUUUGAUGUCAUUCUUCGACCGGGUGGUCAACUUGUACAACUAUUUGAGAUAUCACAUUUUGAUCCCAAUGAAACUGCGGGGAUUUAGCGGCCUUAAACCAAGAUCUCUUCCUCCGAACUCCACCUCGAACGCCGACCUUGCUGCCGGCGUUAUCUACAGCUUUGUGAAUUCCCUUGAAUUCCUCAAUUUCCCCGACUUUUCGACCCCUCAAAUCAAGCAGGUUGGAGGAAUCGGGAUGCCCAAAGCCGAGAAAAUUGACGCCUUCCUGCAGCCGAUCUUUGAGAAGGCCAAGAAAGGAGUUGUUUGGCUCUCGUUCGGCUCCAUUGUGAAUACGAAACAGAUGAGUCCAGCGAUUCGUGGCGCCUUUAUCUCAGCUUUUUCGCGAUUCAAGGAUUACCAAUUUUUAUGGCAGAUGGAAAAUGCGGAUGAUCCGGAGAUUAAGGCAAGUUUGGUUUGAAUUUAAAUUAAGUUAUCUUAUUGCAGUCUAUUUUCGAAGCUAUUCCUAAUAUACAUGUGGCGAAAUGGGUCAAUCAACCCGCCCUAUUGGCCCAUCCCAAGACAAAAGCGAUGAUUUCUCAUGGUGGAAUCACCGGCUUAUUCGAAGCCAUUAACUUCGGAGUCCCAUUGAUCUCAGUCCCAAUGUUUAUGGAUCAGAAGCGAACGGCAGCGCUUACAAAAUACCACGGAAUCGGAGUUAUAUUGGAUAAAUAUACACUGACGGCGGACAGCAUUUCUGAAGCGCUGAAAGCAGUGUUGGAGAAUCCAAGGUAGGAUAACGACACAUCGCGUACAAAUGUAAUUGGCAUUUUUAGCUACAAAGAGAACAUCCUCAGAAAGCAGGCUAUGAUGAAGGACGCUCCUCAGCGAUCUGAACAAGUAUUUUUGGACGCUGUGAGCUACGCUACCAAAUAUGGCGACGAGCUGAAGAAGGUGAAUAUCCCGCCAAUGAGCUGGGUUCAGUACUUCUGUGUGGAUGCCGCCCUUUUUAUCUUCGCCGUGUUUGUGACAGCGCUAUGGGUAACAAUCUUUGCCGCGAGGAAACUGGGUACGGUUGUGGCCCGCCAGCUGGUGGCAAAUAAGAUGAAAUCAGAAAAAAUCGCAUAA